GGCCCGGCCCCGCCGCCAUGGCCAGUGACAGCGGCGGGCCCGGCGCGCCGAGCGCCGGCGAGCGAGACCGGCAGUACUGCGAGCUGUGCGGGAAGAUGGAGAACCUGAUGCGCUGCGGGCGCUGCCGCAGCUCCUUCUACUGCAGCAAGGAGCACCAGCGCCGGGACUGGAAGAAGCACAAGCUGGUGUGCCAGGGCGGCGAGGCGGGCGCGGGGGGCACCGCUCGGGCCCCGCCCCGCGCCGACGAGCCCGGCCCCGGCCCCGCCGGCCUGUGUCCCGCGCCGGGCGGAGAGGCGCUGAGCCCCGCCGGCGCCCCGAGGCCCAACGGGCAGACGAAGCCGCUGCCCGCGCUGAAGCUGGCGCUGGAGUACAUCGUGCCCUGCAUGAACAAGCACGGCAUCUGCGUGGUGGACGACUUCCUGGGCCGCGACACCGGCCAGCGCGUCGGCGACGAGGUGCGCGCGCUGCACGACACCGGCCGCUUCACCGACGGCCAGCUGGUCAGCCAGAAGAGCGACUCGUCCCGGGACAUCCGCGGCGACCAGAUCACCUGGGUAGAGGGCAAGGAGCCCGGUUGCCACACCAUCGGUCUGCUCAUGAGCAGCAUGGACGACCUCAUCCGCCACUGCAGCGGCAAGCUGGGCAACUACCGCAUCAACGGCCGGACGAAGGCUAUGGUAGCUUGUUACCCCGGCAACGGAACGGGCUACGUUCGCCACGUUGAUAAUCCGAAUGGAGACGGCAGAUGUGUGACCUGUAUAUAUUAUCUAAAUAAAGACUGGGAUGCCAAGGUAAGUGGAGGUAUACUUCGAAUUUUUCCAGAAGGCAAAGCCCAGUUUGCUGACAUUGAACCCAAAUUUGAUAGACUGCUGUUUUUCUGGUCUGACCGUCGCAACCCUCAUGAAGUACAACCAGCAUAUGCUACAAGGUACGCAAUAACUGUUUGGUAUUUUGAUGCAGAUGAACGAGCAAGAGCUAAAGUAAAAUAUCUCACAGGAGAGAAGGGUGUGAGGGUUGACCUCAAUAAACCGUCGGAUUCCAUCAGUAAGGAUGUCCAGUAGGGCCUCUGCCCAGCGACGGGGCCUCUGCCUAGCGAUGCGGCGUCUGCCCCAGGGGUGCCCACCUCACUGGCCAGGAUUCAGGAGCCAUCUGCUGACUUCGUGUGGACACGGUGACAGGAGAAGGAAGGAGGCGCCGGGUGGCAUUUCACAGGACAGAGACAGCUGUCGCUGGCCAAUGGAGCAGAGGAGUGGCUGCCGUGCCCCGCGUGGCGGCCCCCCUGCGUCUGCCUGUGCCUGUGCUCGUGCCAGCGCCGGACAGGAAUUAAGGCCCUGUGUAGAGUUGUUUUCAUUUUUAUAUUUUGCCAGAUCUGUCAUUUAGCUGAGUUCAUUUCAUCUCUCUCUUUUUUAUAUCAAGUUUGAAUUUGGGAUAAUUUUUGUAUGAUUAGGUACAAUUUAUCAAAACUGAAUUGAGAAAAAAAAAUGACAGUAUUAUUCCUCAAAAUAACAUCAAUCUAUUUUUGUAAACUUCGUACUAUUAAAUUUUGCCCUCAAAGACCUCUCGCAAUGAUUGUUGCCAGUGACUGGUGAUCCUUUUUUGUUUUUUGGGUUUUUUUAAACUGAAAUGAGGAAGGAGCACUUUAGUUGUCAACUGAAAACCCAGAAUUUUACUUGGCCUGUCUCACGCUAAUCUGAACUCUGGAAGAUCGCUGUGUUUUUGGCAUUGUCAUAAUGAAACCUAACUGUAGACUGUUACUCCUGAGUAGCAAGUAACCUUUAGUACAUGAUUUUACAAGGGAAAAAAAAAAAGAUGGGAAGAAGGGCGUAACCUUUUAUUUAUUUAUUUUUUUAACCAAGUGACUGGCAUUAUGUGAACUUGAGACUUCAGGUUCCUAAGUCAAAGGGCUUUCUUCUGCUCCACCAGUCUCCCUCCUCUUCUCCUCCCUGGUCCCGGGCUGUGUGUCAGCCGCAGGGCGGCAAGCAGCAGGCCAGGUAGGGAGGGGGAGGUUGCCGGUGUGGGGAGAACAGGAGAGGGGCUGCGGGCUCUUGGGCCGGCCAAGGCCUCCUCCCAGACCCCACAUCCAUGUCAAGCCCGGCAUCCCGUCUUCACGUGCCUGAACUUGGAGCGAAGCCCCAAGGGUGGCACCCGUCCUUCCUGAGGCUUGGCCCCUGGGGCUGCCGCCUGUCUUUGGUCUGCUUUACUGGAAGGGGGCUGUGCAGAAAUCGCUGUUCUUCCGGGCGUGGCCGACUCGGCCUCUGCACCUCACUGCCACUCAUGGCAGCUGUGCGUGCAGACGUGGGGCUCGCCGUGCCGUCCAUGGCCGUGCUCAGCGCUGCCCCGCGUCCUCCCCUCACCCCUGGUGACCACCAACACCUCUCCAGCAAGUGCCUCUGCGAGCCGGGCCUGGCCGGCCCCCCCCCCCUCCCCCACCCAGGAAUGCCCGGCUUCAGGGCUUUGCCACCCAGCCUGCGUGUGUCAGGCUGCUGUCAGGCCACGUGCCCCCCGCCCCCCCCUCUCCCCCCCCCCCCCAGUGCCCGUCUGUAGAGUCAGGUGAAGUUGCUUCCACGGGCAGGCAGGCAGGAGCUACCACUGCUGGGACAGGGGGCAGCCUUCUAUGCUGAGUGCCUGCCAUCCUCAGGCCGCACCCCUGCAGGUGGACUCGGCCAGAUUCUGCAGUGGCCUCUACUCAGCAGACAGGGCGUCCAUUGAAUAGUUUUCUUGGAGACCACUGUGAAGAGAUUAAGAAACCAGGAUAGCUGCCUCCCUAAUAGUCAUCUAAAGCCUCUGAUGUUGUGUUAGACCGGUAACUCACCACCACCAGGACUCUAAAGCAAAGUCUAAAGCGGAUCUGUGGCCUCGGUGUGUUGAGCCUGGUUGGAGAUUAAGCUUUAUGAUGCUGUUCCUAUUCAACACAUUAAUCAGCUGUAAAACACUCCCUUAUCAUAAUAGCAAGCAAAGGACUCCAGGAUUCAUCUAAGGACACUCUGAAGUCAUGUAAUUUGAAAAGCAGUGUUGCGUUAUGGAAGAGCUCCCAAGUUGCUUGUAAAGCUAAUCUAAUUAAAAAGAUAUAUAAAUGUUCUUGAAAA